AUGGUGAACGAAAUUGAAUUUGAUACUAUGUAUGGACCUCUAAUUUCAAGUGAAAGUGCAAAAAAUAUUGAAAUCAAGGAGAAAGAGAAGGGUAAAAAAGAAACAAAAUUUCAACUUGUCAAUAAACACAAUCCAAAAAUUGAGUUUUCUAUAUGCAUUAAAGAAGGCGAAAAUAUUAAUUUGGGAGGUUUUGGAACACCUUUUAAUAUAGUUCCAGCAGUUGUUGCUUCAAUUAAGAGAAUUGAUUGA